UAACACCAAAGCGAUAUAAUUUCUACUCCUUUUUUUUUUUUUUUUUUUUUGUACCGGUAACGAUGAAGCUAGCGGACAUUAAGAAGCUUAAAGUGGCCGAGCUGCGUUCGAGACUGAAUCAAUCCGGUUUGGACAGCAGGGGACUGAAGACAGAUCUGGUGGAGCGGUUGUGGUCUUUACUGGAUGACGGCGGCCAAAAAGGAAACGCACACGAGCAAGACGUUCAACGACAAGUGCCAGCCUCUUCCCUGGCAGUGCCAGCCAGUACCAGCCAGACCCCGGACAUGGUUGUGGAACUUGUGGCCUCCUCUUCCUCCCUACUUCGGUCCUCUUCCCCGGCGGAGCCAGUCGGUGUCAACCCGGCAGACCGGACCCGAGAGUUCUCCGACUCCGCCACCCAGACGGAGGCUGUAGACGUCUCUGGGUGUCUGUUACCCGAUGCUGGUGAAUGUCAAGCCGAGAAUAACGAGCUGGAGCAGCCGGCGGCGGAGGAGGAGCGAGGUCGAGCAUUCUACGAGUUCAAAGAGGAGAUACGAUAUAAAAGAGCCAAACCACCACAAGCUCCGGAGAGAGAGGAGACAGAAGAAGAAGAUGGAGACACAAUCAUACUGAAUUCAUACGACAGUCACCUGCACUUCCAGGUGGACUCGGACGGCGCCUGCGGCCAACCACGAUUCUGGGAUAGAUUUCCCCUGCUGUGGUCCGGAGGCAGGCUCACCCACGGGGUGUCACAAGGCAGGGUGGGCUUCGAGGUGAGGCUAGAGAAGAGGUUGUCGAGCUCUCAGCCGGACGGCCUGGAAAACGAACAGUCCCACGGGGUGCGCGUAGGCUGGUCCUCGGCUCAAACGUCCCUGCUGCUGGGUGAAAAAGAGUUUUCUUUCGCAUAUGAUGGACGUGCUACAAAGGUGACAUGUGGAAGAGAAGAAGAAUUUGGGGAGCCAUUUGGGGGAGGAGACAUCAUCGGCUGUUAUGCCUCUUUCUCCACGGACGGCGGCGUUCAGCUCUCCUUCCACAAAAAUGGCCGUUUUCUGGGCGUGGCCUUUUCUCUGGAGGCGUCUGAGCUUGGAGGCCGUGCUCUGUUCCCUCACGUGCUCUGUAAGAGUUGUGCAGUUCGCUUCCUCUUGGACGCCACGACUCCUCCCUGGUACCCCCUUCCUCCGGGCUUCACCCCACUGCCAGCGCUCCCUGCUAGGCUGAGACGUCGCAACACGUCUGAGCCGAGCUCCAGAGCGCAGAGUGAGAUGUUGUUGAUGGUGGGUCUCCCCGGUUCGGGUAAGAGCCACUGGGCCAGAGCUCACAUACAGCAGCAUUCGGAGAAAAACUACAAGCUGCUGGGCACCGAGGAGCUGCUCUCAUGCAUGAUGAGCGGGGGUGCGAGGGAGCGCCGACUGCAGCAGGCCGCCCAUUGUCUGACUGAGUUAAUCAAAAUCGCUGCUCACACGCCAGGCAACUACAUUUUGGACCAGUGCAACAUCCUCUUCUCUGCACAGCGUUACAAGCUGCAGCUGUUCUCCGGGUUCGGGCGACGUGUGGCGGUGGUGCUUUUCCCCUCGGCGGACGAGUGGAAAAGACGUCUGUCAGAGCGCCAAAAGGACGGCGAGAGCAUUCCCGAGACAGCCUUGCUCAAACUCCAAGUCAGCUGCAGUCUACCCGAACAGCUCGCCGGUGUUUUGGACGAGCUCCACUACGUGGAGCUGGAGCAGGAAGCAGCGCUGGCGCUACUGCGGGAGUACAAAGACGAGGCCCGACGACUGCUGCCGCCUGUUACCCAACCGGAGAAACUGAAGAAAUAUCAGCGGAAGAAAAGACCUCACCCACAUGGGCCUCCUCCACCACCUCACUGGACCAGGGGAAGUGGGUUGAACAGCUGGAAUAACAUGCAGUCUUGGAGCCAGCAUGUAUGUACAGAUUAUUUUAACAUGACCAGAUUUAAGAGUAUGCAGUCAGAACUGAUUAUACUGUAUGCCGUUUUACGUUUCAGUGGAAUGCGCCAUAUCAUGACCAAGCCGUGUAUUACUGCAGCGGCUACGAGGCCUACUGAUGAAGAAAUGGACAUGACAGGAUAGCUAAUGGCUUCACGAUCUGGAAAAGCAACACAGCUCCCUUGGCAGAAGGACACAGCUCCGACCACAGUGGACUGCUUCUGUCCAGCUGCAAUGUUUCCUGUUUGAAACGUUCAAACAUUUUAAAAUAUGCAUUUUUUUGCACUUUUUAUUUUUUUAAAGCAAGACUUUCUCACCGCUCGACUGAGGAACACUAUGUCCGUAGACUCGUCUGCCUCUGCUCCUCCUUUCCAGUACAACUCUCGGACUUCAUCAGAUGACAGUGAACAACUGAGGAGAGAAAGACAAAUGAUAUAUGGUUUCACUGAUUUUAGGGAUGCCCAGAUCACAUUUUUUCGCACCAGAGUCAGUGUCUUAGAUUUUAAGAAUCUGGUCAAACCCGCUAGUCAAAAAAUCAUUCACACUUGUUCAACUUCUAUUUGAAGUUUAAGUAGUUUGAAUGCGUCACAAUUGCUAACCCGUGUGUCACUCUCUCAACUCUUUGACGUAGCCGUUUAGCGAGGCAGCUUCAUAUCAGGCUUUGCAGACUAAUCAUCUUUCGACUUGCCCUGGGUGUCUCCUGUCCGUGUAAGCAAAACGUUUUCACAGCUCUCCUAGUUCUUAGAAAAAGUCUUUCACGCUCAUUUUCUUCAAAAAAGGUGCCGCUCACUAAUCGCUCUCCCUCUGAGUGCAGGAGAGCAUGCAGACUGUGUAGCUCUGUUAUUGUCACUCUUACUAUACCGGUACUAAAAACAAAAAAUGAAAUCUUACAUUGUGUAAUAUGAAAUUAACCUACUACUGUUCCAUUUGGUAAGCUUUUUGUACCUGUUAUUUUUUCACUUUAUGACCUUUACAAUUUCAGAAAAUAAAUAAAACUGAUCUUUUUCACCCGAUCAGCUGAAAAUUAGAUGUUUCUGCAUAGUGUUCGGUGAUAUGGCCAAAAUUUAAAUCCCAAUAUAGGUACUUUAAUAUCCUGAUAACGAUAAAAGCCCAAUAGUCAUUCCCCCCCCCUUAAAAUUACAUGAAAUUCAUGGCACUCUUUUAAGCUCUUCUCGAUUUUUUUUCAUAAAUUUUAUAAUGGGGGAAAAAAACAAAUGUAUAAAAGAUCAAUAAAAUAAAUAUCCAGUAGAAAAAUCGGAAUGUUCACAGAUGUGUACAUUGUAAUGUACAAUGGUUUUGUUUUUGUUUUUUUACAUCCAUGCUCCUCCACCAGUGCCAUAAACGAACAUUUAUGGAUGAUAUAAUAGCAUUUCUGUAGUUAUAUUAAACAUUUCAUACAGUGUUAGUGUAGCGUGUUGAAAAUCACUCAUCACACAAGAACUCAGGACCUCUUACCUUGGGCCGCAUAUGAGGGUAGUCGUAAUCUUACGAGAAUAAAGUUAUAUUUUUCCAAGUUGUUAUAUUAUUCAGACAAUUAUGACAUCCCGCUUCCCUCGAAUAAGAGUAUACCUGAUGUAGAAUUCAGCACUUGGUCUUCCGGCACUCGUGUGAUUCAAGGCCACGCCCAUCAGCAGUGGCUCACCGAGGGAACUCAGAGGAACGUUUACCUAGAGACAAAUGCUUGUGAUUAAAAUAAUGUUACACAAUUAGGGCUGCACGAUAUUAGGAAGAUAUGCGAUACAGGUGUUGAAUAUUCCAAUAUCGAUGUUAUUGCGAUAUUUAACAGGCCCGAAAAUAAAUAUUUUAUUAUCUAAUGGAAGGAAAGUCACACGCAAAACAAUGUGACAAUUAUUUUGCUCAUGUUGUCUGUUUCUUAACAGGAAUUAAACUCGCUUGUCACUUUAUUUUUUAUUAUUAUUAUAAUUUUUUUUAAAUUGUCACUCGAGGGGUCGGACAACUCGCUAAAUAGAACAACCAAAUCGCCUCUACAAGCCAAAGUCCCACAGUUUUGGACUACAAAAAAAAAAAAAAAAAAAAAGACCCACUUCGUCUCUAAUCUCAGCACAAACAGACGAGAAAAGCUCAGCGAUGACGGCCUCCGAACUCUUCUGCAGGAGGUCCAUGUCGAUUUUUGCCUCACCAAGACGCUCGCACACAACCUGUGGAUGACCAAAAUGCCAUCAUGACCACAACGCUGCAAAAACUGGGCUUAAAAAAACACUCAUACAAUGAGGACUAUACAGUUUUCCCACACACAUUGUAUUUUUUUAGGCGAUCUUUUAACUGUACAGUGUGCCGUAAUGCCUUAGCAUAUGUGGGAGGAGAGCAGUGGAUGCCGUCGCACUUUUCAGCCAUUUAAUGAAUGCCGGUAAAACAAAAACACAUUGAGCACAUUCACUCAUGAGCUGCUGUUGGCCACGACUCACACCCAGCCAUUCACACACUGACUCACCAACAUCACCAGGCCCCGCCUCCCAAAGGCACAUGCACGUACACAUACAUAUAUUACUUUCUAUACAUUUUAUGCUUGCAAUUUGUUUUUUUUGUGUUCCAAUAAAUUAACAAUGCUUAAGUGUUUCAGUAGGUUUGUGUGUUUGAAGCAUCUGUGACCAUCUUAAAAAGAAUAGUUUUAACCCCCACACACAAAUGUAUUGGCACACUUUUUCACUUAUUGUUCUCCAGUAAGAUGCAAAGCAUGCUUUCUUCAAGCUGUUUGUCACUCCAGUUGACUGACAU